AACUUGUGAACUCAGUUUGCUAGGUGAACUCAAAGCAAGCCCCCCCCUCUCUCUCUCUCUCAGAUGAACACAACUUACCACGUGUAAUUUGUGAUCGGCGUUUCCCUCCCGAUGGACCUCUCGGCUGUGCAGUGACGGGGGUUUGAUAAAGCCUGAUUUCUCCGACAUCUGUUGUAAAAUGAUGCACAUUACUUUCAAGCAUUGGUGCGCUGUGCUAUGAACUGUGCCCAACCAUCCAUGCCAUACCUUGAACAUUACUUAACAUACUUCUAGCUGCAUUGAAAUGUACUUUAGGGGCUUCAGGAAAAUGGUUGAAGGACCAAUUGGUUCAAGGCGAGUAAUAUCAACGUUGCCUCAUCUAUGCAACAGAAUUAAGCAGACAGUCCCUGUAGCUGCACCACUUCCAACAUUUGUGUGUACGCAUAUGGCUGUCUGUAUAUGUCUCUGACUUUGUUUCUUCCUAAGCUGUUCUGUUUGGAAGUUGGAACAAAUGCUGCAUUUCCAAACAGGCACCCUACAGAUUUUUUCCCUACCAUAUUGUUAGUUAAUUUGGCUCCAGUUUGCAUUAAUGGAAAAAAAUAUUGGAAAUUGAAUGAAUCUUAAUCUGGCAGAAAGUGAAAUUGUCCAAAUGUUUCGGCUGUCAACUCCAAAGGGUGAAACACCAAACUUGCCCACAAAUCGUUCAGUGUCACGAAAAAACCGAUCUGUGAGGACACUGGAUGAGAGAUUCAUAAGAAUUUUGAAGAUAUUUAAGUGGGGGUCUGACGCAGAAAAGGCUUUGGAGGUGCUCAUGUUGAAGGUGGAUCAUCGAUUAGUUCGUGAGGUUUUGAAAAUAGACGUUGAGACCAAUGUUAAGAUCCAGUUUUUCAGGUGGGCUGGGAAGAGAAGGAACUUUGAGCAUGACUCUACUACCUACAUGGCUCUAAUUCGCUGUUUGGAUGAAGCUGGACAAGUUGGAGAAAUGUGGAAAGCAAUCCAAGAAAUGGUCCGGGGUACAUGCCUCAUAAGUCCAGUUGAUCUAUCUGAAAUUGUGAAAAUUAUGGGCAAGGCUAAGAUGGUGAACAAGGCACUCUCCAUCUUUUACCAGAUAAAAGCUCGCAAAUGCAAACCAACUGCAAGCACUUACAACUCCAUAAUAUUGAUGCUAAUGCAGGAAGGCCACCAUGAGAAAGUCUAUGAGCUUUACAAUGAGAUGUGCAAUGAAGGUAACUGUUUCCCUGACACAGUUACAUACAGUGCACUUAUAUCGACCCUUGGGAAAUUGGGUCGCGAGGAUUCUGCUAUAAGGCUGUUUGAUGAAAUGAGAGAAAAUGGAUUACAUCCUACGGCAAGAGUUUAUACUACUUUAAUGGGGAUAUACUUCAAGUUGGGUAGGGUUGAAAACGCUUUAGGAUUGGUCCAGGAGAUGAAAGAAAAGGGUUGCCCUCCAACUGUUUAUACUUAUACGGAAAUCAUAAAAGGACUUGGGAAAGCUCAGAGGGUUGAAGAUGCGUACAGUAUCUUCAUGAACAUGCUCAAAGAGGAUUGUCAGCCAGAUGUCGUGCUCAUAAACAAUGUAAUUAACCUCUUAGGCAGAGCGGGCCGUUUGGCUGAUGCCAUCAAGCUAUUUGAAGAUAUGGAAUCACUGCACUGUACACCGAAUGUGGUGACAUAUAAUUCUGUUAUUAAAGCUUUAUUCGAAUGCAAAGCUCCUACAUCUGAGGCGGUUUCAUUGUUUGAGAGAAUGAAGUCAAACGGUGUAAUUCCUAGCUCUUUUACUUACUCAAUUCUUAUCGAUGGCUUUUGCAAGACUAAUAGGGUAGAGAAAGCUUUGUUGUUGCUUGAGGAGAUGGACGAAAAGGGUUUUCCUCCCUGUCCAGCUGCAUAUUGUAGCCUUAUAAACACUCUGGGAAAAGCAAAAAGGUACGAAGCUGCAAAUGAGCUAUUUCAAGAACUCAAGGAGAAUUGUGGAUCUUCAAGUGCUAGGGUAUAUGCAGUGAUGAUCAAGCAUUUUGGAAAGUGUGGGCGUCUCACAGAUGCUGUAGAUCUUUUUAAUGAGAUGAAGGGUCUUGGGUGCAGUCCUGAUGUAUAUACAUAUAAUGCACUCAUGUCAGGGAUGGUAAGGGGUGGAAUGAUAGAUGAAGCUCAUUCAUUGCUUCGAACAAUGGAAGGGAAUGGUUGUGUUCCAGACUUGAAUUCGCAUAAUAUCAUUCUCAAUGGCUUCGCUAGGACUGGUGGCCCACAACGAGCAAUGGAGAUGUUAACGAAGAUGAAGAAUUCAAAGAUGAAGCUGGAUGCCGUCUCUUACAACACUGUCCUUGGCUGUCUUAGUCAUGCUGGCAUGUUUGAGGAGGCUGCAAAGCUGAUGAAAGAGAUGCACUUAAAUGGUUUUGAAUAUGAUCGGGUUACGUACUCUUCAAUACUUGAGGCUGUAGGAAAGAUUGAUGAAGUUCGUGCACAUACAACUCCAUGAAAGAAAAACGGUAGAAAUAAGGUUCCGUUUCCUUCGCUCCAAAAGAGAAUGUUGUCCCCUUGAAAGCCCAGAGGAGAUCUACUGCAUAAAACUUCACCUUGAAUAGAGAAAUGUUCAAGAGAGUGCCAUAUAUUUCGGGCCAGCCUUGGUUGUUUUGACUGACAAAGAUGAUGUUGGCUGCUCACACGAGAGUGCAUAACUAUGUGAAGGGUGAAGUUGCAGGCGAAGCGGGAUGGAAGUAAUGGUGAAAGAUUGCACCAGAAUUCACUCUGAAGAACAUGGAGCUCUUAAUUCUCCGCUACCCGUGGUGAAAGGCCUUCCAAGUAUCAGAGUUUAUUCUAAUGAGGAUUGUUCAGAGGCUCGUAGAUAUUGAAUUGCCAAGGUGCAGGAAUUUUGAAGAAUUUCACGGGUCAGCCUAUCCAUCCAAGUGCUAGAACUCGCUGAUGAACAAAAGAAAAAGUGCUAGAACUCCUGAAGGAUUUAAAAAUGAGGCACCAAAUUCGUCUCCCAGUUCAUGGGAGAUGGGUAUUCGAUAAAAAAAAAAAAAAACCAGGCUUUCUUAUGGCUACUCCCAACAUAUUGUAAUGUGGUCAUCGACAGGAGUUACAGAAUAUACGUGAAAAAAGGGUAAUACUAACUUCCUGAGCAAAGUUUUAUUGGCAAGGGAAAUUGGUGUAUUGUUUGCGCUACUUUGUUUAAGCUUGGGUUGGGAUAUAAGCUAAUGGAAACAAUGCC